GACGAGGUUCCAAUUGAAAUUAGAAUCAAUUGAAGAACCAGGCACCUACUCAUCAUCAUCUUACAAACAUAAACAGCAUUUUUACUGUCAUCAAUACAUAAUUGAUUUUCAUCACAAACCAAAACAAACCAUGGCUUAUUCCUUCAAAUGUUUCCAUUUUUUCAUCAUCAUAUUCAUAUUACAUGUAUUUACUACAACACAAAUUUCAUCAUCAACAGAUGAUUCUUCAUUCAACAAUUUUCUUGACAGUGCCAAGAGUCCUGAGAUUUUUGAUUGGAUGAUCAAUAUCAGAAGGAAAAUUCAUGAGAAUCCUGAAUUGGGUUAUGAAGAAUUUGAAACAAGUGAACUGAUAAGAUCAGAACUGGAUAAAAUGAAUAUCCCUUAUAAACAUCCAGUUGCAAUCACUGGUGUCAUUGGUUUCAUAGGAACUGGAUUCUCUCCUUUUGUUGCUUUAAGAGCUGAUAUGGAUGCUCUUCCUAUGCAGGAAAUGGUGGAAUGGGAGCAUAAGAGUAAAGUACCUGGAAAGAUGCACUCAUGUGGUCAUGAUGCUCAUGUUGCUAUGUUACUUGCUGCUGCAAAAAUUCUCAAAGAGCAUGAAAAAGACAUACAAGGAACUGUUGUUCUUGUUUUUCAACCAGCCGAGGAAGGAGGUGCCGGGGCUAAGAAAAUUUUAGAUGCUGGAGCAUUAGAAAAUGUUACAGCUAUCUUUGGAUUGCAUAUUGAUCCUGAAUUACCAAUAGGUGAAGUGGCCUCUAGGUCUGGUCCGAUAAUGGCAGGAAGUGGCUUCUUUGAAGCAAAAAUAAGUGGAAAAGGAGGUCAUGCAGCUAUUCCUCAACAGUCUAUAGACCCUAUAUUGGCAGCUUCCAAUGUGAUUAUCAGCUUACAACACCUUGUUUCUCGCGAGGCUGAUCCUCUAGACUCCCAGGUAGUGACGAUUGCCAAGUUCGAAGGAGGUAGUGCGUUCAAUGUUAUUCCGGAUUAUGUCACAAUUGGUGGCACUUUCCGAGCCUUUUCUAAACAAAGUUUCAACCAACUGAGACAGCGGAUUGAGCAGGUUAUCAUUGGUCAAGCUGCUGUGCAGAGGUGCAAUGCAACUGUGGACUUUCUUGAAGAAUGGGAACCUUUCAAUCCUCCAACUGUAAACAACGGUGAACUGCAUGAGCAUUUUGUGAAUGUUGCGGUGAAUAUGUUUGGUAUCGAUAAAGUUAAUAGUGUCAUGACACCAUCCAUGGGAGCUGAAGAUUUUUCAUUCUAUCAAGAGGUCAUACCUGGUUACUUCUUCUUCCUUGGAGUGAAGAAUGCCUCGGAUAAAGAGGCCGAGUCGUUUCACUCACCUUAUCUCAAAAUCAAUGAAGAUGGACUGCCUUAUGGCGCUGCACUUCAUGCAUCUUUAGCAGCUAGUUAUCUACUAAAACAUGAGCAUGAUGUACCUGGUGUUGAGGGCAAAUAUCAUGAUGAAUUAUAGAUUAGUGAGUUUAUGAGUUCAGACAAAUUUUAUUUCAAUUCUUAGAGUUUUCUUGAAUAGUUAGUAUCCCAUUCGCAUCUAUAUUUCGAGCAUUCUUUUAAUCAAUAUUAAAAUGCAUAUUGAGGGAUUUGUAUUUCCAGCAAGGAGUAAGUCAUAAACAUAGAAAGAAGGUGCAGCAGCUAGCAUUCCUAAUGAAAAAGCAGCACGUUGGUAGCCCUCUAUGGAAGGGGAGGUUAAAUGCAAUAUUGACGCAGCUUCAACGACCAACAAAAAUUUGGAAUUGGAAUGUGCAUCCGAGAUGAUCAAGGUGCGUUUGUAAAAACUAGAACGAUGUGUUUCGAUGGUACUCCAACUCCUAUGAAAGCCGAGGCAUCUCUUUCUUCAUUCAAUAUCUGUCUAGCCUGCUAACGACGCCCAUUCUUAUCUACUCUAUUUACCCUUCAUUACUUCCCUAGAGUGAAGUUCCUUGCUUUCAGUCUAUUGGACCGGCCUAGGACACUAAAAAAGGCUAUAACUUGGCUAGGCGGAUUAGAACUAUAUAGCCUUUGGCAACCAAGCAAACUCAUUCACUAUUGGAUUUAUGAGUAAUAGUUGAGGCAUAGCAUAAGCUAUAAAGAUUUGGUUGCAUUUAACAUGAUGUCCAUGCACAAAAAAGAAUUGAUAAAGGUCCUCAUAAUAUAUUUAUAUGAAUCAAAUCAAAAGGUUUUGAAGAUUUGGUUACACUUAAUGGAAAGGAGGACCACAAGAUUCAUUAAUGUAUAUUCUCAAUAAUGUAGAUUUGGUCCUCACUGACUUAUAUACAUAGGGAGAAAACUACAUUAUUAAUUUGUUCAUCCAUUUAUUUUAUAGAGAUUAACCAGUACUGAAGUUACUAAAUCGUUGUGAAUACUACAAUGCAUCGACAACUUUUCCUGCGCUUACUCCAAUAGACAAAGAAGGUAUUAACUAUGGGUUUAUUGGAAAAGAAAUGUAUCUAGAAAUUGAAAAAUAGAGUUGCAUUUAGGCACAAGUUUUAUUAUUUUUUGUCAAAUUUGUGCUUAUAGUUAGGGAAGGUGGAAAUAUAUUUCUUUUAAAAGCUAUAAUUGUAUUGUGUUUAAACUCUAAUGUUCUCCGUUCGUCUCAUAAUAAUGUCACAUGUGUUUUUCUCCGACUC